UGGGUGGGUGUCGUGUGGAUUGGUGGCAGAGCAGCUUCAACUACAACACAAAACACCCGGACAGACACAGUACUAAACUACUCUAUGUCGUAGCAACACUUUCUCUCUCAAACCACAGUUUCAACUUUCAACCACACCAACAAUUCACUUCAAGCUUCUAUCAUCUUCAAAUCACAACAAUACUUUCCUUUCAUCAAGUGUUUUUUCCGCUUCCAGAUUUGGACAGAGUGCAUGUGAAUCAGGAAAACAUGACUUCUUCUACACAUGAUCUCACAGAUAACGAGGGUGAUGGACAGCAGCAGUCAGAAUCACAGAUGCAGCAGCCUAUAUCUGCAAAUGGAAUUUCUCAUGCUGGCAUUGAUACUCAGAUUGUUCAAUAUGCAGCACCUCCGCAGCUCGGCGCAGGGCAUGCUAUGGUACCACCUCCUUAUCCAUAUCCGGAUCCUUACUACAGAAGCGUCUUUGCUCCCUAUGAUGCACAACCAUACCAGCUGCAACCCUACGGUGGACAUCCAAUGGCCAAUCUUCAGUUAAUGGGAAUCCAGCAUCCAGGUGUUCCUUUGCCUACUGAUGCCGUUGAGGAGCCUGUGUUUGUCAAUGCAAAACAGUAUCAUGGUAUUUUAAGACGCAGGCAGUCUCGUGCUAAAGCUGAAUCAGAAAAGAAAGUUACAAGGAAUCGGAAGCCAUACUUGCACGAAUCUCGACAUUUGCAUGCACUGAAAAGAGCAAGAGGAUGUGGAGGUCGGUUUCUGAAUUCAAAGAAAGAUGAAAAUCAACAGGAUGAGGUUGGUUCAGCUGACAAUUCACAUUCCAAUAUCAAUCUCAAUUCUGAAAGAAACGAUCUUGCACCAUCCGAUAAAAAUUCUUGAAAAAAGUCAAAGAAAUGGUGAUGCUAUGCAUAUCAUGAGACAAAUCAUGAAACAAACCGCAACCUCAGAUAUAUCUUGCUGAUGGUGUUUCAGUGUGGCAGUGUACAAUCCCAUAUGUAUAGGUUUUGUGUGGUAGGUAUAUGUUAGGGAGGUUGCAAGACAAAGCAAGUAAAAUUAUCAGAUGAAGUGAUUUUUAUAUCAAAUGUUAUCUCCAAUGUUCUCCUUUCUAGCCUUUGUAGGUUAGAUGAUAGGUGAAAUUAUUAUUGUAUGGCCAUUUCUUAGUACUAUUUGGUACUAUGGAGAGAUUAGAAUUAUCAGAAGUCAUGAUGGUUUGUUUGUAUCAUUUUGUUUAGCUUGAGAGAGACAUAUUAACUAUUGUAGCAAAGUACAGAAGAAGGCCAUGAUAGUGCUUUUGCUUUAAGGAAAGUUGUCAGUUUUAUGUCAA